UAUUAAUUACACGUUCGUGAUAGUGUUACGGGGCAGCGUGCGCACUGGGUACCCACUCGUUAGAAAAUGGUGCCUUGAUUAUGGCACAGCGCGCUGGGGAUGCUCCAGUCGGAGUAGAUGUCGGCCAAAUGGCAGCGGAGGCGGAGACAGAGGAUUUUGUUAACCCGGCGGACCCGGACGCGUUCGCUGGCCUGCUGGAAUCGAAUCCGGACGUUGACUUCAUAGCGGAAAUACCGGAGGAUGCAGCGCGCGUCGUCCUGCAGCCAGACGGCAGCGUCGUUGUUGGCAUCGACACCUCCAAGGUGCCCGCGGACCCAGCAAGCCGUACACGGCGGAAUGGGCGCAGGCAGCGAGCCGAAGAGGCGCGCGUACAGGCGGAGUCGCGGACAGCCUUCCACGCGCUGCGUGCCGAGCAGGCGGUCACCUACCGGCGCAGGGUGGUGCAACCGCGGCGCUACACCUUCAUGGCUCUCGUGGGUGCGGACAUGGUAUUUUUCCUGGUGUCGCUGCUGGUGCAGGCCUUCACGUCGGGCCUGCACAUGGGCAGGCAGUGGUCCAGUGUGGGUGCCAACGGCGUGAGCCUGUACUGGUGGCCCACGCCCAAGCUGUUGACUCUUGAGGAGGUGGCGUUCUCACUAGUGGUGGACCUCGUCGGCGUUAUGGCCGGCUUCCAGGAGAAGCCGCCCGUCCUCGGCCUCUUCCUGCUGCUGGACAUGAUCACGACAAUUCUUAUCGGUAUCCAUGGCAUCUCCCUCUUCCUACUGUUCCGGGCCGUUCAACUGGCCGCGUGCAUCCUCUACCGCAAUGCCCUGGUACACGUCUUGGGCAUGUCCAUGACGGAUGAGGAGCGGCUGGAGUUCCUCAGCACGGAGCUUGGCAUCGUGACCAUCUUCCAUACCAUGGCCGGCUUCUGCGGAGUACUGUGCGGCAUUGAGCCGCAACAGGCGCGGCGUGCAUCCGGCGAUGGCCACGCUUCCACCAAUCCUAGCCCGCGGCAGAGCAGUGUUGCUGCCCCGCCGGAGCAGUUGAUGGCCAUGCAGGCGACAACGUCGGCCACCACGUCCACCGCGGGCGCGCCAGCAGGAGUAGGGAGCACGCUGGACCCGGGAGCGGCCGGGUCUCGGGAGGAACAGCGGCUGUCGCUGUCGCUGACAGCGUUCGGACAGCAGGCGCCGCGCACAGGGGAGGCCGCUGCACCGCAGGCCAUUGGCCAUGCCGCCGGGCUUGAGCCGACGCAUGCACGCGCUCCGGCGGGCGCUGGGCCGCUCACCACAGUUGCGGUCUUUUCGUUUGCUGCCGGCGCCGCGCACGCCAGUGUCCAGCGGUCAGAGUCAGCAGCCCGCCUGCCAGACGUGCAUGCAAGCCAAUCGUCAGGCGCAGCAGAUUGGAACACGGUGCAACUCCCUUGGUCCGUAUUACACGCUGCAGGCGCGGCACUGAACAAUGCCGGUGCCGCAGCAACGCAGGCUAUGCACGCAGCUCCAGCCUUCAGUGCGCUGCUGCCUGCUGGUGCUGCGCCCAGGGCUUUGCACGUCGCUGCUGAAGCGGCGGCGGCUGUGGGCGGCGGUGAGGUCAGCGGGUCGCAAGUGCACACGGGCGCGGCUGUGGGGCCGUCUGGCAGUAGUGGGGCCUCCGCUGCUGCCGCCUGGACGCAGCCGCAGCCAGCGCUAUUCGUGCAGCAGUCGGUGCAUCAGCGGGAGAGCCCCCGGCGCCUGUUGACCUUGCAGCAAGGGCUCAGCAUUGAGCCAGCAGGUACUCCGGAAGGGCUUGUCGGUAACGGCCUUGUUGGCACAGCCGUGUCUGGACGAGGUGUGCUGCCAGCUGCUACGGCGGUGGGGGCUGGAGCUGGGGCACGGCAUGGCGAUACGUCAGCGGGCUCAGGACUCAGCAGCAGCAGCACACCGCAGGGGCCGGGGCUGCGCCUACAAGCGCUACAGCUGCAACUGCAGCUGACGCAGAUGUCUCUGAGGCUUCAGCAGCAGCGGCUUCCAUUCCAGAACACGCCCGCAUCAGCAGCUUUGAUACCCUCGCAGUCACAGCAGCUGCAGCAGCCCUCCAUGGGGUUUUGGGAAGCCACAUCUGCUGCCACUAUACGAAGUGGAGGUGCGGCAGAGGCGGACGUGACCGUGGUCCCUUCUAGGCUACCUACGACACGCUCCAAGCCGGCGCUCCAAGCCGGCGCUCCAAGCUGGCGCCGCGCCGGCGUCUUGGGUGCACUGCUUGGCACAUUCACGCCAUCGCGUGCGCCGAUCAAACCGCGACGCCUGCAACCUGCGGCGCAAGCAACAACGUCAACUGCUCGCUCAGGGCCUGUGGAGAUAGCAAGCUCUGCUGCGGACUUGCCCAUGCUGGUCAGUGCGUGGCCCGGCAGCGUUGCCUCGGCCGCACUGGGAGCCGGCGGCGGCGUGGCCGCACAGCUACAUGGCGCGUCCGCCCGACAGGAGGACAGCGGUGACACGCAGCAGCUGGCCGCACCAGACGAGCGCCAGCCGCAGGCGCAGCCUGGAGAUCCGGACGCUGGGAUGCAACAGAUGCAGUGGCAGCUGCAGUCUCACCCCUACAACGGGCAGAAUGGUUUGUGGGGGGCAGAAGCAGAUCCGUCACUCAUCAGUGGGCUUGGUCAGCAGGACACACUGUCCUGGCGGCCCAAUCCGCAGCAUUCUUCAUGGGCGUUACAGCAACAGCAAUCAGAUAAGUACUUGCGUGCACAGCCAUACCCCAUUCCACCCACGCAGCAGCGUCAGUGGGCUGUGCGCGAGACGGCAGGCUGCGAGGCAUCCGGUAGCGGUGCGCACACAGCUGAUGCUGUGCAACCCGCAGGAUGUCUGCAUCCGGUCCGGAUGGUGGCAGCUGCACCACACCUACACUCAACCUCCGCGAUCUCAAAUGGUGCUGGCGGCAGUACAGGUGUGCGGGGGCUCAGCUUGUCGGCGGCGUCGCUGUUGGCGCAUACUGCGGCUGCAGCAGCAGUGCCUGUAAACAGCAUGCUGCCGGGCGACGCCGCAGUGAGCGAGCAGUCAGGAACUGGGGGGUCACCGCAUGCCUUGCAGCAGCAUGAGGCGGCGACAGGCCGUCAGGAAAUGCUGACGGCUAUGCAGGCAGCCAUUGCCGAGGCGCAGCGCCUCAGGCAGGCGGUGGAAGAUCGGCGUCGUGCCGCGGACACCGCAGCUGCCUUCACUGCCGCGCCUUCGUCGCAAAGGCGCAAGCAAGAUGAGGAGCCGCUAACCGGGGUUGCUGCUGCAGCUCGCGCAGCCGCGGUACCUUUCAGCCGAUCCGCAAAGCGCCGUGAGCAGAACCUUGCAGACACGUCCGCCGGUGUGGAUGCGGCGGCCGGGCAUACCUCGAGUCCAGCGACUAUGUCGCCUAGUUGUGGGGGAGGGCCCGCUCCAUCUAGCGAGGUUGCCCAAUCCGCCGUUGGAAUCCAGAGCACAGAAGUUGAAGCUACUGCUACUCAGGACGGGGCUGCGUGGACGCAGGGACAUGCCACUUUGGGGUGGAGUCUAGCUGGAGGUUCCGAUGGCCCACCACCACCUCAAGUGACCAUGUCUGGCCCCCGUGCGCUGCAACAUGCAGUCUCACGGAGGCCAACAAAGCCCACCUCCCCACACACAGCAGGGCAACGAGUGCCCGCACGGCCAGAUGAGUGGGCCGCAGGCAGAGGUGCGGCUGCGACACACCAGGACGACGAGGACCAGCAGAGGCACGCCAAGCAGCCUCCACUGAAACAGGUGCAGCAGUUGAGGGCGUGUGUUGGCAGCCGGCAACGGGCUGCGGAUCCUGGGAGCCCACGCCAUGAGCAGUUUGGGCAGUUGUGCGACCUAUCACCACAGCGCAGGUAGUUUUCAAUUUGACGCACAUUAAAGAAUGAUUAAUGUAGGGUAGGGCGGGCAUGGGGGUAAGGGCCCUAUUUUUUGCCAUACAAACAAGCUUCCAAAUGAGGGUCCGGGCCAAGGUCCGGGCUUCCCAGUUCCCCGGGUUCGUGCCGCCAACUUGCAUUGUUGAUCACGUUUUCAGAUGUUUGAGACACACAAACCAGGCUGAGGGCCCCGAGUGCGUGGGAGUAUGUAACUGUACUUGAUGCCACUAAGGCCAACACGUAUCUCGGCUGCACGCAGGAUGGAAGUCAGUGUGAUCACUGGUCAGCAGUGUACAGUGCUGGCGCGUGCAGUUCUGGCACAAGUAGAUCUGGCGUGUGCUGGCGCGGUGCGGGGCUAGUUCGUGUGAAUGAUAAAUUCCCUUAGUGUAGCGUUCGUAAUCGAUUGUGAGUUAUGUUUUUUUUGAGGCGCAGGAUGUUAGGACGGAUGACAGUUUUUUCCGAUGUGGACGUUACAGAGGAGAGGCAAGCAAGGCAAGCACUCACCAGGCAACCCUCAACACCCCACAGCUCGCAGGAAGCAGCAGCAGAAGAGAAGAAGUACGUGGUCUUGAACAUCUUCUGAGGAGUGUGCCAGUGUAGGCAUGCCUGCUGGGAGUAGGCUACUCCCCACAGCAGGGCGCUGACAGCCUUGGACCCAAACCUGCCAUUAGGAGAUUUCUUGCGUCUGAGCAUUGGACAAUUGAUGGGUCGAACGUAGCCAUCAAUCAAGUUGUGUUCUAGGUGUUGACCGUUGUGGCAUUUAUCGUGAUGGACGCUUCAUGUAGACACCUCCUGAUGCAGCCGUGCUGAACCGUACUUGGCAGCGAUGAAGCCUCAAACAAGGGGUGUCAGCUUUGUACAGCUGGAAAAUGGGCUGAGCCCCCGUACGCUUGGGAGCUAAUAGGCGUGUAACGCCCCACAGUC